CUCUACACGAGACCGAGCAGAGCUGCUUGCUGUACGCCUCGCGUAGCUAACAGCGGAUUUGCAUUCUUAAGCCUUGUCUAUAUAUAGUGACUGUGGACACGACUUUUAGACCCGACCACUAAAUAGCAGCCAUGGCAAUUACCGUAGAGCGCCAAGUGGCAGUAGCAGUCCUUUUGGUCGUCGUUGAGAGCGUCUUGGCGAGGAAUUUGAUCCCGUCCGUGUUCUACUUUAACGUGAGCGUGAGCGGGGACGGCGAGCGCGUGCUGAGCGUCGUGAAGGACGGCGUCUUCGCCCGGGAGACCUCCGUGGUGCUGCCCGAAGGGACGCCGCGCACCCCUACGGCGGACAUCAGGUUCCGGCAGGUGACGGACGGCCGGGUCUUCACGCAGGCCGUGUACGGCGGGGACGGCGUGGUCCGGGACUGCGACGUGCGGGAGGACCGAGACGCGAUCGACGGCUUCGUCGCCUCCUUCCUUGCCGAGGACACCACGGUGACAGACGACGCCUUACGACGAGGACUCGUCCUGGAGUCGGACUCUCUCCGGGCGGACUACCUGUGGACGGAGUUCUCCCCUCUAGUCGUGGACGGCAGCGAGGGCCUCGUGUCCAACAUCUUAACCCUGGUGGACUUCAAGACGGUGAAGGGAAAGUGUCGGGAGUUCGAGAAGGCCGUGAAGAGAGAGAUGCACCGGCUGAGGGAGAAGAGAGACACCGGCGGCCGGACCAAGCGUGCCGGCAGCUGGCUCAUCUACCCCCGGGGACGAAAUGGUGCGGAGCCGGCGACAUUUCAUCCAAGUUUGAUGACCUGGGAGAGGAGGCGGAGGUGGACAGGUGCUGUCGGGAACACGACCACUGCGAACACCGCAUCCCUGGCUUCUCCACGGCGUACGGCUUCUUCAACGUCCGCUUCCACACGCUGUCACACUGCGACUGCGACGACAGAUUCUACAACUGCCUCCAGUCGACCAGGAACCCCGUGGCUCACAUGGUCGGCAAGAUCUUCUUCAACGCCGGGCAGCCGCCGUGCUUCGACCUCAACGAGGAGCACGGCUGUCUGAAGCGCUCCUGGUGGGGAGGGUGCUACAAAUACGGGAUGACCACAUUGGCUACGCUGAGACAACCAAUGAAAUACGAGCCAAACAAAAUGCUUCCAAUGAAGCACGAGCCGAGCAAAAUGAUU